AAAGCUAAUUCUUUGCUGGUUUUAAUUUUGCUUUGCUCGAAUAGAGUUGUAGAAAUUAAUUAGCCGAAUAGGAACCCGAAAUCCGUGCCUUUUCUUGUUGUUAUUGGAGAUUUUUUUAAAAAAUUUUUGUAUUUGUUUUCCAAAGCGUCGAAAAAGGACAGUUUUAGAAAUUAUCUGUCGUUUAUCUUAAUUUAGUGUUGUGUUUGUCUUGCGGAUCUCACACGCAUGUUCCGUAGAAUAAACUCCUGUGACGUUACUAUUUAGGAUCUAGACAGGGUGAAUUUCCAAGGUUUUGUUUGUUUCUUUUACUAGGUAUAAGGAAUAUGAUUUCUGUCGUCGUUGGUAAUGAAUAUCACAUGAAAAAUAAGGACUUGAUUGGAAAUUUUAAUUCCAGAAUAUAGCAUAUUUGCGGAGGAAUUAUGUUUUGAAAGAUUUUCUUCAUCGACUUUCUUUGUUAUUACUACUGUUAUUCGAUUUCUCUCAUAAUUUUUAGCUAGCUUUCUAUCUUUGCUGUUUGUAAACUCAAUCUUCGGAGAACCAGUGGCUUAAUCGCUAAUUUUCCAUUAAAGAAGUGUCGGCCAACACACCGGUAUGGAUCAGCAAGGGCAAGGGCAAGGGCAAGGGCAUGGGCAGCCUUCUGUGGCAGGUAGAAAUACAGCUCCAGUUCCAUAUGGUAUAUCACCAUACCAAUCUAACAAGAUGAUGGGACCUCCUGCUGGAUCGAUUCAAUCUGCUACUCAGCCAACAGGAGUCGCAGCAUCUCAAUCUCAGCUUGCUGAACACCAACUUGUUUAUCAGCAUAUCCACCAGCAACAGCAACAGCAGUUGCAGCAACAACUCCAAUCCUUUUGGACAAAUCAGUACCAAGAAAUUGAGCAGACUGCGGAUUUUAAGAAUCAUAGCUUGCCAUUGGCUAGGAUUAAAAAGAUUAUGAAGGCAGAUGAAGAUGUAAGAAUGAUAUCAGCUGAAGCUCCAGUCAUAUUUGCAAGGGCAUGUGAGAUGUUCAUUCUCGAAUUGACAUUGCGGUCUUGGAAUCACACAGAGGAAAACAAAAGGAGGACGCUUCAAAAGAAUGAUAUUGCUGCAGCAAUUACAAGGACUGAUAUUUUUGAUUUUCUAGUGGAUAUUGUGCCAAGAGAGGAUUUGAAGGAUGAAGUGCUACCAUCGGUCACGAGAGGAAGUCUUCCUGUUGGAGGCCCAGCUGAUGCUAUGCCUUACUAUUACAUGUCACCUCAACUUGCACCACAAGUUCCUGUUCCAGGGAUGCCGAUGGGUAAGCCCAUGAUGGAUCAAAACUUUUACAGUCCACAAUCUCGCCCUUAUGUCGGACAACCAAUUUGGCCACAACAGCAGCAGCCACCUGCAGAUUCUUGAAUGAAGCAUGCAGUUGAUUCAGUUAAAACUUGAAGAAUUAGGAGUAGAUUGACUGCGUUAGAUUUCAAGUUGAACUUUAAAGCGACUAAAAAUUAGUCUUAUGAAUCAAAAAACAUCUUUUGCGUCACUUAAAAGGUUGGUCAUAAGACUUUAGAAUUUUUUUUUUGUCAACAAGUAUGUGGAUUCAGAUAUUGUAGAUAAUUGUAUGGAUAAAAAAACUAAGAUUCCAUGAUUGUUUGUGUAGUUCAAUUAAUUUUAUUUUAUGAAUGCAUUCAAUCAUCUCUCUUUAUAGACCA